AUGAAGCAAGUUAAAUUCGUCCCACACCAAUCUCAAUGGACCGAUGAAGAGUUUCAAGCCAUGGUUGAAGACGUUGAGAACAACAUAGACGGCGAACUUGAAGGAGCUCAAAUCACAAUUGCAACCAAAAUUGCAGAGGUCAAGGAACAGAUAGCUCCACUUAAAGCUACCAAAGCUACUCUUGACCUCAUGGAUAGUUACCGUUUAGAUGUCAAGAGUGGAAUAAGACAAUUAAAAUUAAAACUUCUAAACUACGAAGCUAUACUCCAAAAGUUAGCAGAAAUGAGAAGACUUUACCAGAGCUACUUACAUGUAAGGGACUUACC